AUGGAACCAUUGAAGAAAAACCACACCUUAAGCUCUGAAUUUAUUAUCUUAGGCUUUGGGGACCUGGCUGAACUACAGAUUCUCUUUUUUGGACUCUUUCUAAUUAUGCAUCUCAUCACCCUAGCAGGCCAUACAACUAUUGUUCUCAUCACCCUCAUUGAUACCUGCCUUCAGACACCCAUGUAUUUCUUCCUUAGGAACCUAUCUGCCAUUGAAAUUUGCUACAUAUUAGUUAUUGUCCCUAACAUGCUGGCCAAUUUCAUGUCCAAAAUACAGCGAAUGCCAAUCCUUGGAUGUGCUCUACAAAUGCACCUCUUCAUUGCCCUGGGUGGAGCAGAGUGUUUCCUCCUUGCUGCAAUGGCCUAUGACCGUUUUGUGGCCAUCUGCAACCCCCUGCGUUACACACUCAUUAUCACCAGGGCACUCUGUCUGCAGAUGUUGGCUCUGGCAUGCAUCAGUGGUUUUACACUUUCACUUACCCUUACCACGCUGAUAUUCCUCCUGCCCUUCUGUCAGUCACAUGUCAUCAACCAUUUCUUUUGUGACAUUCCUGCUGUUCUAUUCUUAGCCUGCUCUGACACACGGGCCAAUGAGAUUGCAGUGUUUCUGGUCUGCAUGUUGAUUCUGUUGAUACCCUUCUUGUUGAUCCUGUUUUCCUAUGGAUUCAUUAUUGCUGCCAUCCUCAGAAUUCAUUCAGCAGAAGGCAGGAGCAAAGCUUUCUCCACCUGUGCUGGCCACCUGCUGGUCUCUAUUAUGCACUAUGGCUGUGCAAUAUUCAUCUAUAUUCGUCCCAAGUCCUGCUACACCCCAGAACAGGACAAAAUUGUAUCCUUAAUCUAUACCAAUGUAACCCCAAUGCUCUACCCUAUGAUCUAUAGCUUGAGGAACAAGGAAGUCAAGGGUGCCCUCAGGAGACUCCUGGUGAGCCACAACCAAUGA